AUAUCCUAUGAGCGUCGUUUUCUCAAAGCAAAAAUUUUCACGCGGUUUAAUAGUUUCUUUUUGUUAUACCUUCGGCAUUGAUUGCAUUAAAUAAAUAAAUAUAUUGUCUAUUAGAUAAAUUGAUGCGUAUCCAGUAUGGAUUUGGCAAAUUUGGACAAAAUGAAGGUGGUCGAUCUGCGUAAUGAGUUACAGACGCGUGGCCUGGAUUACAAAGGUGUUAAAGCAGUGUUAAUUGAGCGUCUACGAGCACAUUUAGAAGGAGGGGAUGUUCCGCCAUCUCCUGGUACACCUGGCCGACGAAGUAGACGUACUAGAUCAAUGACAAGAUCUCCUUCGCCCUCACCUGUUAAAAAGGCAAGUGAUGUACUUGAGACUUUGGAAGAAGAAGAAGCAAAGGAUGAAAAGCUCGAGCUGUUACCGGACAAAAUCAUUCCUGAGACUGAAAAGGAGGAGAGUAGGUCUAAGGAGGUUGAGGAAGAAGAGGAGGAGGAAGAAAAGUCUACCCAUACUUCCAAAAAUGACUCUUAUGAUACACCUUCUAAUGGUGCAAAUGAAACUGAGGCUAUCCAAGAAGUGCAGGAAAAAAAUGAUUGCACUCCCAAUGUAGAAAUGGGUGAUGACAAUGCCGAUGGAACCCACGAAAAAGAGCUACAAAACGAUGUAGAAAUCGAUAAGGGAGAGCCCCUAAAAGAUAACGCAUGUGAAAAGAAGGAACUACAAGCAAAGGAGAAGGAGGUGGAUGCUUCCGAAUUUAAACGCAGAUCCCGCGACGAUUCAAAGUCAUCACGUUCUCGCUCACGGUCUCGUUCAAAUUCCAAAGCACGCUCACCUUCUAGAUCGCACUCGCCCAAACAACGCGUUGGUGCAAAGGCUGGGAGUCCGAAACCUGCAGAGGACACUUCUACCCCCGAAGAUGAGCCUACAAUUGAGGAUAAACAAUUUGGACUAAGUUGGUAUGACUCCGACUUACAUAUUCGUAUCGAUCCGGUUACCUUUGCUUCGGCAAAGCCCAUGAACCAUGAUAUAUACUCUUUAAUAUGGUCCGGUGCUAGGGCCAAUUACGGUGUGCGAGAAGGCAAAGUUUGUUACGAAGUCCGCUUAGCGGAAGAAUCCAAUAUGGGAAGGGAACAUGCAUUUCGAGAUGAGCCAUUUACAAAAGGAUUUCGCGUUGGAUUCUCAACACCUUCUUCAAACCUUUUGCUGGGGGAGUCUGAGAAUUCGUUUGCAUAUUGUGAAACCGGCCGAAAGGCUACCAAUGGAGAGUUUUCAGAUUUCGGUAAACCUUAUCAAUUAGACGACGUAAUCGGAUGCUAUUUAGACCUAGAAAGCAGUCCAUGUACAAUCAAGUAUACGCUCAAUGGCGAAGAUUUGGGUGUAGCAUUUGAAUUCGAUAAAAGUGUAUUGGGAAGUGACAAGGCAUUGUUUCCGCACAUUUUGACCAAAGGUUAUGAGUACCAAAUAAACUUUGCUGACACCGAUAACCUUUUGGUAAAUUUAGAACGCAAAGUGCGCAAAAGGCGCAAACCGAAAAAGGUUAAUGAGAAAAAAGAGGCAAACGAAAAAUCAGAUGAUAGUAAAAGUGCAAACCAAUCACAUAAAAGCGAUGGGGAUAACAAUGAAGAAGAUUGGGACAAAGAACAAACUGCUACUGGUGAGGAUAAAACUGAAACUGAAAAGAGCGAAGACAAAAAAGAGCCCAGCAAUGAACCACAAAUCGAAGAAAAAUUAUCGAAUCAGACAUCGAAGGAAGAAGUUUGUAACGCAGAAAUACCUCAAAAAGAUGAAAAAGAAUCAACCGGGGAAGAUAUAGAAAUGACGCAAGCUGCUGAGAAUAAGGAGUCUACGAAGGUUGACGAUAAAGAGGAAGACGGUGAGGCCACAAAACCUGCCGAAAUAGAAAAGAAAGACGAAGCUCAUUCCAAAGAGGAAGACUGCGGACCUUCGCCGUCUAAACGACAAAAAAUGGAUAAUGUUGAAGCAGAGGACGAGUAUGAAGAGAUUCAUCCUAUUCCCAGGGAAGUCAUGUCCCUACUGAGUGAUUACGAGUUAAUUGCUCUGAUUCCUGAGGAGAAGUACAUACAAGGCCCACAAAGGCCGGAAAGCCGCAAAGAUUGCGAAGUUAUUCUUAUGGUUGGUCUACCCGGAGCUGGAAAAACAACAUGGGUUUUAAACCACAUAAAGGAAAAUCCCGACAAGCGCUACUAUGUCAUAGGAUCGGAUGCCUUGAUCUCUAAAAUGACGGUUGACGGGGCUCCCCGAAAAGAUGUUCACAAAGGACGUUUUGACCGUAUAUACGAACUUUGUUUCAAUGUACUUACAUCUCUGGAGGAUAUUGCCGUUAAACGUCGUCGUAAUUUCAUUCUUGAUCAGGGGAAUGCGUAUGCCUCCGUUCAGCGACGUAAAAUGAAAGGUUUUGGAGAUUUUAAACGUAAAGCAGUUGUUUGUAUUCCCACUGAAGAUGAAUUGAAACGUCGUCGAGAUGAUAAGAAGGAAAAAGGACAUGCGUACUCUAUAAGAGAAUCAACUCUACACAGCUUCCAAGCUAAUUUUACGUUGCCAUCUUUAGAGUUUGGUUGGUUCGACGAAAUAAUCUUUACCGACUUAAGUGGCGACGAGGCUAAGGAGGAGGUAAAGAAGUAUAACGAGAAGGGUAAAAAGGCGUCCAAGCGCGACAAGCGGGAGCGGCGCGAUAAUUAUGGUAACGACAAUCGUCGCCGUUAUGAUGAUCGCAGGCGUUAUGAUAAUCGCUGGAAUGACAGACGUGCAGGCGGUGGUGGCGGAGGUGGUGGUUAUAACAGCGGUAACAGAUAUGGUGGAGGCGGUGGUAACAGAGGCUAUGGCGGUGGUGGUGGUGGCGGUUAUGACCGCAGUUACGAUCAACGGCGCUACAGCAGUGGGGGACCACAAAACUGGAUGCAGAAUAGCCGAAACCGGUAUGAUGACCGCAAUAGCAAUCGGUAUAGCACCGGGGGCAAUCGUUACGAUUCAUAUAGCGGCGGUUCACGCGAUUAUCGAAGUGGCGGUGACAGCAGAGACUACCGGGAUAGAAACAGAGGAGCAGGUGGAGGUAGUGGUCGUGAUAGUCAUCGCUCAGGUGGCAGCACAAAUCAACGGGAUUUUCGGCAUGGCCACCGCGGCGAAGAUAGUCGCGGUGGCUCAAGCAAAGCCGGUUCUUCUAACUUCAAGAAUGCGGCAAGUGGAAGCAAUUCAACAAGCUACGACAAGUACAACAAAAAUAAUUCUAACUCACAAGCUUCAGCAAAAUACAACACUUACCAGCAACAGCACCAUCAAACUCAAUCCCAUAGUUGGCAACAGUACAAUCCGCAGCCCUCUGCCGCAUCCGGGCAACAGCAAUAUUGGAAUUACGAUAUGCAAGGAUACGGAGAUAAUCAACAAUGGCAAACAAUGGAUCCCCAACAACAACAGCAGUGGAUGUCGUGGUGGCAGCAACAAGGUGGCACUGGUACUGGGGAAACUGUGGACCCCAACCAAUAUUGGUCACAAUAUUGCUACACCACUCCGGACGCGUCAGCGGAUUCAAAUAAGAAAUAAAUGAAACCAUCCCACUUUUUAUGUUAUUUUAAACAUCGCAGUACAAUAUAUAUUUCAAAAUAAAUUCCCAAACCGAUCUUCACCAUACAAAACUA